AUGACAACACCAAAUGAAUUUCUUCAAUUUGCCAAACAAAUGGGCCUUGGUAGAACAAAAUCUCCAUCAUCAUCAUCGUCAUCACCUUCACGAUUGAUAUCAAAUACUAAUAAUUAUACAACAACAGCAACAACAAUGACAACAGGCUUAUGUGUACUUAAUAAUUUAUGUUGUCUUAUCGAACAAAUUCAUCAAUUAAAAGCUGAAAAUGAUCAUUUACGUGCUCAUAUUGAACUAAAUGAUCAUAUUAGUAAAUUUCAACAACGAAUUUCAUUAAAAGAAAAUUCUACUGAUCAAAAAGAAAAACGUGAAGAUAGAUCGAAGACAUUAUCACCAUCGAAUUCAUUCAAGAUUAAACAGUCAAAAUCAAAUCGAGAACAAAAAGGUAUAAAUUAUGAUAAUCAACAAGAUAAUUCUUCAUCAAUAUUCCUAAAUGAUCACGAUCAACCUGAUCAAAACGAUCAGAAUUUGGGUUUAACAACUUGGAAUAAUUGGAAUAAAGUUCGACAUGCUUUUAAAUUUUCUCUUCGACGAAAAAAUGAUUAUACAACGAGUCCUCCAUUGUUACAUGUUGAUCGACAAAUACCAACAAUUAAUGUAUCUAUAGAGAGCGAUGAUGAUCAUUUACAAGAUAAUAAACGGUUAAAGAAGAAAAAAAAGAAAACUGUAAUCACAACCGAUAAUCAACAGAGAACUAUUGGUGACGAUAGUGAUCAAGAUGAUGAAUCAAGACAAUUUGUUAGAGCAUAUCAUAAACGAAGACUUUACGAAGAUCAUACAGCAACUUCAUCAAGUACUGAACGUCAAGAAGCAUCCGUUAUAAAUUUACGUUCUACGAAUAAUACGACGAGUAUGGAUGAUGAAAAUUUAUUAACACGUAAACAAUCAAAAAUAGCUCGUUAUCGACGUAAACUUCGUUCUAAAUUGGAUACUGUUAAAAGACAAUUUAGUGAUCAAAGUUCAUCUACAUCUAUACGCCUUUUUCAUCAAUCACAUGGAUCAACACUUGAUGAUAUAGGUUCAGGUUUAAAUCAUGCUAUUCUAACAGCACAAUUAGCGCCAGCUUUAACAAAAUCUUAUCAACAAAAAAUGCGUGAAUGGCAAACAAUGCAAAAAAGUCAUUUUCUUGUCAAUUACCGUCGACAAUCAGUAACAACAAAAAGUGAUUCAAACAAUAUUUCUCGAAAACCAUCUAUGGUUGUAAUAAUUAACGAAACAACGACGAAACCUAGAGAUUCAACAUUAAUUACCGAUAAUUAUCCAUCAAUAAUUGAAGAAUCUAAUCUUGAACAUGAAAUAGAUUUACCAACAUUAGGUCCAAUUCUUUCACCUAAUCAACGAUCACUUAUAGUUCAUCAAUGGCGUGAAAUUAUGUCUGAAGAAAUCUCACUUCGUCAUUGUCAUGAAUAUCUUCAACAGAAAAUAAAUGUAUUAAAAGAACUUGAAACAAAUUUAAAAACAUUAAAAACAAAUAUUUUUUGUACAAAAAAUUCUAUGAAACAACAAUCAAUGAUCAAUAUAAGAGAAUAUGAUCAAUCAUAUUUACCUCGACGUUGUCGUUCAUUACAAACAUUAAUAUCUAUGCCAGCAUCAUGGAUAUUAGCUGUACAAAGUGCUGCAUAUUCAGAUGUAUUAGAUGGUACAUUGAAUAAACCAAGUGAACAAGCAAUUUUAUUUAAUAAAAAAUUCUUUGAUCAAUUGGAACAAUUUAAACGAAAUCGACAAAAAUUUGAACAAGAUUCUAUUAAAGAUUUACAAUUAUUACAACAAUUAAAAACUACUCAACGAACAAUUUCAAGUGAAAAUCAAACUCAUGUUCGAUUUGUUCCAAUUCGUAGUUGUUUACGUAAAUUAUCACUUAUAGACACUUUUGAAUAUCCUCAACACUAUCUACCUGAUCCAAUGAUUCCUCUACAAACAACUAUAUCACAAAUACAACCAUCAUCAUCAUCAUCCAAUACAGGACAUUAUUCAACAACAAUAAUAACAAAUGAAAUGGAUUCAAAUAAUAAAACAUCAUCAAUGAAUAAUACAAAACGUUCAAAACGUUCACGUUUUGAUCUUAAAGAAACUUUUUCUCGUAGUAAAAGUAUGUGUGCAGCACAAAUUACUUCAUGGUUACAACGUCGUCGACAACAACAACAUCCAUCUGUACCAAGACGAAAAUCAGCUACUGAAACAAAAAUAACAAUACCAAAUUUAACACCAAAAUUAUUUGGUUCACCUCGUUUAGCUCGUCUUCAUCAAAGAAUAUUUCGACAUCCAACGUUACCGACAUCGUCAACAAAUCAUACACCAACAUCUGAACAAAUUCUCGAUGAUUCAGACAAACGAUCUCAAUGUGAUCUUCCAGUUCGAAUUUAUUUUCCACCAUUAACAGCUCCCACACCUCGUCGUGUACGUAUUAUUGAUGUAAAUUCAAUAAUAUCAAGUAAUGAUGAACAAGAUUUCGAACCUGAAACAUUAUCUGAUCUAACAAAACGAAGUAAAAAUCGACAAUAUUCAUCAUCCUCAUCAUCAUCAUUCAAAAUGACAACAGCAAAAGAACGACGAGAAAGUUUUGCUACGCUAUCAAAUGUUUUUAAUAAUAGAUAUUCAUAG